CCGUACGGGUCACCUGACGGGGCUGCGGACCGAGGAGACACAAGGGAAGUCGCUGUUGCCGCAGCCGGAGCCGCCGCCGCCCGGAGCAGCCAGGACCCUUCGCCGCGCCGCCCCGACCAGCCCCGCGCGCCAUGCCGUCGGAGAAGACCUUCAAGCAGCGCCGCACCUUCGAGCAGAGAGUGGAAGAUGUCCGGCUCAUCCGAGAGCAGCACGCCACCAAGAUCCCGGUUAUAAUAGAACGAUACAAGGGUGAGAAGCAGCUUCCUGUCCUGGAUAAAACCAAGUUCCUUGUACCUGAUCAUGUCAACAUGAGUGAACUCAUCAAGAUAAUUAGAAGGCGCUUACAGCUCAACGCGAAUCAAGCCUUCUUCCUGUUAGUGAACGGACACAGCAUGGUGAGUGUGUCCACGCCGAUUUCUGAAGUGUAUGAGCGCGAGAAGGAUGCAGACGGAUUCCUGUACAUGGUGUACGCCUCUCAGGAGACAUUUGGGAGGAAAUGCUCCGUGUAAGACUAGAAAAAUGCAUCUGCUCUAGAAUUUUUAAAACCCUUCCCAGGGGAGAAAAGGGAUGUCACCAACUGAGACUGAUCAGUUCAUCUAAUCUGAGAUCACCAAACAGUAGUGUUACCCGCCUAGGAGUUUUAGGAAGUUGUUUUUGUACAUCACGCAGAAAAACUGAGCUCCAGAUGAGGACAUUAGCUUUGGAAAACUACAUCAUUUAACCUAGGCUGUUUUGUUUUCAAAUUUCGUUUAAAAAUAAAGUACUUUGCAUUCUAA